AUGAAAACUCGAGGGAAAGCUAACCAUUGGUGGUUUCAUAUACAUCACGUGAUUCAGCAAUAUUCUGUGCCCAAAGAUGGUGGGUCAGCGGACUUUACUGAAUUGAUCAAAGUUCUGCAGCAGUUUAUGGAAUGUUCACCAUUGGGAGAGUUUUCUGAAAGAUUGAAUAUACUUGCCUCAUUUUCUUAUCAGGAGACAAUUGAUAACGCGCAAAAUGAUGAUUCAGGUAUAAUUUUAUAUGCUACCCACAAGAUAGUGAAUUUUCAACUGUUGUAAAAACAGUUGAAAAAGCUAUUAAAAUACGGUUAUGGACCUUACAAUUAAUGAAAGUUUAAUUCGGGAUGUACCAAUCGAUGGACAACUUUAGAAAGUUUUAAAAUUCGCGAUCCGUUGAAUAGCAUUAUUUGACCUUCGUACAACUGGUCCCUAAACUAAAAUAAACUAAAUUGAUUUUAUUUGUGCUGGAUAAUUCUUGUGGUCAUAUCUAAGUUGUUUUGUGUAGAAGCCUAUAGUUAUGGUCAUCCCUUCAUUAAAUGUAAAUUAUUUCAUUUUUGGAGAUUGCGUACGAUUGUAUUUACGAGUCGUGGAGGAUCGCUAAACAUAUACGAGUGAGCACAGCAAACGAAUGUGUUUAGUGGUCCUGCACAACGAGUAAAUAUUCAAAAUUGUAGAAACGAACCAACUACGAAGUAAUAUUGAAGAAUAAGAUAAAUGCAUGCAUAUAAAAAUAAGAGGCAUGGCAUAUACUUAUUUCACAUUUCUUUAGUUUUAGGGUUAGGCAUAAAAAAUGCAAUCGAGCAUUGGAUGACCUUGACAAUUCUCCUUUAAAGAAUCUAUAUGCCAACACUGAUUUUAAACCCUUCUUUAUAACAGGCAUUGUAGGAAUCGUAUUAUGGAACGUAUAUUGCUAUUACAAGCAAUUCGAAUCUCGUGUAGGAUCUUUAAUUCAGAAAGCAAAAGCACCAAUUGAGAAAGAGCUCAAGGUAAUGUCAUACAGGGUGUAUCAAAAAAAGUAAGACAAUUUUGAAAUUGCUCUCAAUUCCACAAUUCUGUUCAUGAAAUGUAAUUUUUGCUAUAUAUGGAUUGCUUGAGUUCUUAAAUUAUGGAAAAUAUAAAAAAAUUUGAAAAUAGUAAAUUUUGCUUAUCCAGGGGGGUGGUCAACUUUUUUUGCUCCCCUAAAAGUGGCUUGCGCACGGAAAUGACAAUUGCAUUUAUGAUAAAAUUUCGGCAGGAUUUUACCGAGUACAAAUCCUCCGAAAAGCCUAUGAAAACGUUACAUUUUUCUCUGUUGGUGCCGUUCUUGCUUCAUUAUGAAUUCAUUUUUACUCCCAUGAGAGUUCCAUGGAAUUUCCACGAAAUUUGUGCUUUCGAGUUGUUUGUGCUGAAUUUCUCGUAUAAUACCCCGUACACUUUGAAAUGGCGAUGCCACAAUUUACCCCGCAGCAGAGAGCUUUUAUGGUAUCAGAGUUCCUCCGUAGCAACAACAGAAUAGGAUAUUCAACUUGGUUCGCCAAAGUUUCACGAAAGAAUAUCCAGAUGUACGAUGCCUUUCACGUGCGAAUACGUUUGUUUUCAAUUGGGAUUUGUCAUGCUAAUAAUAACGGUCUAAAUAAAACAAAGAUUAUUCUGAAUAAUCGUAAUUUAAUUCCAAAAUCAAAAACUUUUUCGCAGGAUUUCAUCAGGAUUGUAAAAUGGAAAGAUAUCAACUAUUGGGCAAUGAAAGAAACCUCCACAAAAUCUCACUAUACUUUACUAAAACUUAUGAAGAAAUAUCAGGCAAGUAUUUUGCUUCUGUUUAAUUCAAGUAUAGAAUAUGGGUAACACGAAGGAGAGAAAUUGUGCCAAUUGACCAUUUGCGCAAUAGACUAAAUUUUGAACUAAACAAGUCUAGACAAAAAUUUCAUCACAGCUUGAAGGAGCAUCACAAAAUUAGUAAUAUUCCAAAGUUUCGUUGCCAAAUGUUGUAAAAUGCGGAAAAUAUAGCCUUGCGAAAUUUGCAAUUUUCAGUCAUUUUAGAUUACAAAUGGAAAAUUGACAGCCUCGAAGGGUUUGGGGCUGUCAAUUUCCCGUUUGUAAUCUAAAAUGACUGAAAAUUUCAAAUUUCGCAAGGCUAUAUUUUCCGCAUUUUACAACAUUUUGCAACGAAACUUUGGAAUAUUACUAAUUUUGUGAUGCUCUUUCAAGCUGUAAUGAAAUUUUUGUUGAUAUCAAAAUUUAGUCUAUUACGCAAAUAGUCAAUUGGGGCUUCGGUGGCGCCAUCGUCAGAGCAAGUGCCUUUUACCUCUGAGAUCGUGGGUUCGAUUCUCGCUACGGAUUCAUGCAUAACAGUUAUGCGAAAAGAGUCAGUCAACGCUCUACCGAAAGUCGUGGGUUUUCUCCGGGUACUUCGGUUUCCUCUCACAGGGAAUGUUGACAGGGUGGGUUGGGAUUAUCCCCCUAACUGACCCUUCCACCGUAGCUGUGUUCCGUGAUCAGACAUUAGGGAGCUUUAGAUUUGACUACGAGUACGAGAUUCGUCAAGCUAAACGCAUGCUGUAUGCUUACGCCAUCCCGUACUGACGCUAAAAAGUCGUAGCCGUCGCCCAUCUGAGUACGAAAUUGUGGAGAAACCUCGUAGUCCUGCACGACGACUUUAAAAAACAAAACAAAGAAAGUUGGGGUUUUUUUGUUUUCCAAAAAUAAUUUGUUGCAUUUAUAUAGCGUUUAUCCGGCACAAAUAAUAUAUUAGUACUAAAUAUCUGGCCUGUUUUUAAUGUUAUGAAUUAUUUACACGUUUUGUAGGGGAUUUUAGUCUGCAGGAGAUUUAGUUUAUGAAACUUUUUCUCUAGUUGUUGGUUUACUGUUAUAAAAGCAACAUUUGAAUGGAAACGAAAACGACUACAGAAAUUUCCUCGCACGCGAUUAAAUCUCGUACUCGUACUCGUAGUCAAAUCUAAAGCUCCCUAUUAGUCAUAAGGUGGCUGCCAUAGGCGCCCUUAUAGAAAGCUUUCGACUCGAUCAGGUUGAGCUGCGUCCCUCGUAAUUCAGCUUAGCUCUCAGCUGCAAGUACAGUAAGGAUGAUUAGCACACCCCACUUACUUAUUUACUAAUGUGAUAUAUAUUUUUUUCUAAUGAACAUUACAGGCCGAAUUGUCAGAAGGAAUUGACGGAAUUCUAAGUUCGACCGAACAAGUGGGGUCUUCCGAGGAUCCAACCAAGCACGACGACUCGUGUUACAAGUUGGAACCUAAUACUUUUCUGUCACCUAUUCAGGUAUGCAUUUGACCUACUUAUAAAUAUGGCAGCUUAGAAAAAAAAAGGAGGAAUUAAGCUUUCGCGUACAGUGCAGCUCAACAAUAUAGCUAGCAAACACCAUGUUGUAUUAUCUACUCUGAGAUUUACUUGAUAUUUCUACAUUUCCAGAAAAUUUCGAUUCUUCACUGACAGCACUAUUUCUUUUAUCGAAGUAAUGUUGCGUUAUCUCUGUAAUUAAUAACUAAUUAAUUUAUUUCAGAACCUAGACCUCGAAGGCGCUGGGAGUGAACUAUUUUCAAAAAUGAAGAAAUUGACACAACAGAAACUGAACGUUCUAAGAUACGAAGUGUUGUCAGCAUCCGUAAAUACUUUCACAGGUAAAACUCUUGUUUAUUUUAGUUUGGAGUAGUUAUUUUAUUUAUGUACCAAGUCAUUUUCAGCGAUACUAGUAUAUAGUUACAAACUAUUUAAUAUUUACAUUUUUUAGGUGAAGUUGUUAGUACAACACAUUCUUUUCAAAACUUAGAAAUUGGUGAUAAGGUAAGUUACUGGACAAGUCUUUAGAAUUUUUAUGAAAAAUGCACCAAAUAAAAAUAUAUGAAUCUAUAUUGGAUUGGCUAGCAAACCUAUAGAUCUAUUGUUCUCAAUAUUUUUCCCAGUUUCAUGUUGGUGCACUUUCAUUAUCGCAAUACAGCUAGUAUGGUGCCAUGCACAAGUAAUGAUAUUUGCAUAUCACACUCAGUGAAAUACCUCAAGAAUGACUAGAAAGAAACAAGUUAACAGUAUAUGCUAAUUCAUCGUUUUAGUGUUCUUGAGAAAGGAAUCAUAAAGAAUUUUGUUCCAUAAGCAAUUUCGAUCUACUUUUAAAGCUUUUAACUACGUUAUAUAUUUGAUAUAUAUAAACAAAUUAAUUCCAUAAUGUCCAUAUAAAUUUUAUUUCUAUACCCACGCUCAGACUGGCAAAGAACGAACACAAUUCCGUAAGCAUAUUUACACGUUGAAGAAAAGAGCUUUGGCUGAUCUAUUUAAGGGGUUGAGAAAAAUGGGUAAGUUUAAAACGUUAUUUUCUACUACGUAUAUUUUUAUAUAUCUUGAAAGUAUUCUAAACUUUAGAAUAAAUCAGUCAUGUUUAAAACAAUUCUAAAACUGAAAAGCAUGCAGCCUUUAUUAUCUCGCCUUCAUUAGUUUAAAUGUAUUAUAAUCAUUCAUUUAAUCAUAGGCAUAACGCGUAUCUGCUCUUUCAGGUUUAUCAUACCGAAAAGGGAUAAGUCUUCGUCAAAAGAAUUCUCUGAAGGAUCCGAUGAUGGUUAA